UUCCAUCAGAUACGCGAGAACAGCGAACGAGUAAACAACGUUAAAACGCUUGUUCAAAAAUUUUAUUUAUAAAAAGAAAAUAAAUUUUAGCAAAAAAAUAUAUAUUUGAUUAUUAACAAUAUUAUAUAGUAAAGAAGAAAAAGAAAAAAUAAUAAUGUAUAAAAAGAAGAAACAACGAAACGGUUAAACUUGUUAAUAAAGGAUUUUUUUUUUUGUGAAAAAAUUUCUUACUUAAAGUGAUCUUUUGUUCGGGCAAAAAAAAAAAAGUGGUUUUAUGAAAGAAAAAAAGUGAAUUAAAGAAAAAGUAUAAUAAAAAAAUGUUUUAUUAAGAAUCUAUAUAUAUAAAACUGAAUGAUUGGGUCAAAAAAACCCUUAUUAGGUGAAAAGAAAUGUUAUAAAGGAUUUGCAUUCUUACUGUUUAAGUUCGGAGAGUUGAAGCAUAAAAAAUUUAAAAAAAACGUGAUGAUUGUUAUUUUUUUAAAUUUAAACAAACGAUUUGUAUAAUUCCCAUAAAUAAGCGGUAAAACGUUUUAAAUAAAAGCAAAUAUUUCGGAGUCUUCAAAAAACAAACAGCUAAAGCCAUAAAAUAUAUUAAACCAGACGGAUGGACGGACAAACGCACAAACAGACAGACAGACGGACAGACAGACGGACAGACACUGGUGGGCGUUUAGUUAAACAAGCCAAUGUGUGUGCCAAACACAUUUUUAACAUUUCUCAGUGAUUUAUGAAAUAAGUUUAAAUGCAAGCAAAAUACAAAUAAACAAACAAAAAAAAAAUAAAUUAAAUUGUUAACACAGUGUAACAAAAAAAAAAAUAAAAAAUUCAAAUAAAACUGCAUCAUUGAUUUUGAAAAAUUCCAUCACGACAAACUAAUAAAUCAAAUAAGAAAAUUAUAAAAGAAACAAAAUAGUCACAAAAAUUCAUACAUGCAAAUGUAUGAAUUUUAAGAAACGAAACGGCAGACAAGUUGACUUACAACUGCAACAACAGCAACAACAAACAUAUUUAAACAUUAAUUAACAAACAAAGAUUUUCAAGUGUAACAUGCAAAUUUUGUAAAUAAAAUUUUUAAUUGGGUCGUUCAUAUAUAAAUACACGAUCAUUACAAGUAAUAGCAGUUUUGAAAAUAUAUAUUUAAAAAAAAACUUAAAAAGUAUUUAGUUCCCCUCUCUCUGUCCCUCCCUCUCCUUCUCAACAAAAUUGCAUUUGAACGGGUGUUGUAAUAAUCUAAUGAACUCCAACUAUAAUUUUCAUUCCAUUCAAUUGAAUUUACAUAUUCGCGUAAAAUGCGUAAUUAACAGCUUGAAGAAAAAUGUAUAUGAUUACGUUUUGAGCAGAAGCAACUAUAAUAACAACUCUUAGGAUAAUUGAGAACAAGCCAAGUGUAUAAUUUCUAAGAAAUUUUUCUAAUAAAAACAACAAAAAUAAAGUACAAUUUUCAAAAAAAAAAUUCACAUGAAUCUAAAAACAACAAACAAAAUAAAAGAAUAACAAUAAAAAUAUAAAAAUAUUAAAAAGAAAAACAACAACAACAACAAGUGAGAAUGAAAAGUAUAAUGAAAAGUGAAGGUGUGAAAAAAAUUAGAAAAAAUUUAAAAAGAACAAUAGAAAUUUAAAGUUAUAAAAGAAAAAAAUUAAACAGCAGCUGACUUAGCAACUUACCAAGGAAAUAAAAAUAAUAAUAAACGAAAGUUAAAAAUAGUUUUAAAAAAUUUUGAUAGAAAAUGAAAAAAGUUAAACCCAACCUUAGCAAAAUGUUUAACUUUAACAUUAUUAUCCUGAUUAUAGUAGUGUUGGCAGUGGUGGUGUCACAUAACGUGCAGGCAAAACUUCAAACGAAUCACAAACAUCAACAACAUCAUGCUCACCAAACACACAAUUAUAAACAUCACAAGUUCGGCGGCGAUAUUAAUACAGAUGAUAAUGUUUUAGCUGAUAAGCUAGAGCAACAACAUCAACAUGGACAUCAUAAUAAACAUCAACAUCAUUCCCACCACCACCACCACAACCAACAACAACAACAAAAACAACAACCGCAGCAUUAUACUGCUGACACACCUAGUUUAGAAUUCACAACCAGUUCUUCUAUUUCAUCAGUUUCAUCUUACUCCGCUUCCGCUUUGUCUUUGAGUAGUGAUAAUGAGUUUUUAAUUAAACAACAAGAACAACAACAGCAACAACAGUUGCAUACUAAUAAGGACAAUAUCUAUUAUAAAACAAAAGAUCUUAAAGCUGACUCUUCAACAUCGUCGACAACCUCAAAGCCUUCACUUUCUAUACAUCUGAUGAAGCAACAUCUUCGUAAUAUGAAAAAAUCAAGUUCAAACUAUAUGAGCAUGCAAUCUGAAACUUUGUCUAAUUCUAGACAGGAACACACCCAUCUUAAGCACAACAACAACAACAAUAACAGAUUAAUUUCAACGCCUUCAACUAAACACCAACAGGCCAGCAGCAGCAGCCGCAACAACAACAGCAGCAGUAAUGUCGGUGGCAUUGACAAUCAUCAGUCAGACAAUGUGGUUGCAACAAUGUACUCCUCCUCGCCAUCAAAUGAAAAUUCUAAAUGGAACUUGCCAAAAACAACAAAUGAUAACGACAUGAAAUUAAAUGAAACAGCUGAAUAUGAAAAAAAACAUAACGAUCAACAUUAUCAUCAACAUCGUGAUCAUGUUCAUCAACAUCAGCAUACACAUCAGCAUCAACACAAGAAACCAGAAUUUCUCAAUGAACAACCGGCUCAACAAAAUUAUGAUGAUUAUUAUUCUGAUCAGGAAAAUGAUGACGAUGAUGAUGUUGAUGAUGACGACAAUGACUACAAUGAAGAUGAAGGUGAUAACGACAAUAUCGAUGGCAUUUCCUAUGACGAUGAUAACAAUUUAAGUGAUCGUUCAUAUGCCAGGAUAACUCGUUCUAAACUUGAUGUAAGUAUAAAGAUUAAAUUGAUUGCAAUAUUUGAUUUUUACUAUUUUUUUUCUUAUAAAAACUCCUAAUGAAUCAUGUCGAAC